AUGCCGGACGAAGACUUUCCGCGCAACUCAAAAGAAGAAGCCGUGCAGCGCGAGAAGAAGGUUUUUAAGGGAAAGAAGAGAUCCCAUGAAUUCGAGUCUGGCGACGGGAAGCGAGCCCACGUCCGCGAGGACAAGGAGACGAUCUGGCAUCGAAAAUUGACAGAGUCGGAUCUGAUUGAAGGCGUGCUGGGACUCGGGCUUGUCAGAUCGUGUCGAGAAACCACAGUUAUCCUGCAGACGGCCCACCGCAACACGUUAGAGCUUCCAGUGGCAAAUUUCGGCAAGCUGUGCCUGAGUAAGCUGCGCGAUGAGGAUGUUCCUUUGGAGGAGAUGUUCAAACUGGGCCAGUUCGUCUCCUUUCGCGUCACCAAGCGGGCCAGCACAAAAGAAGUCAAAGGCAAAGUCUAUCACUGCUCUCCCGUGGCGAGCUGCGACCCGAAGGUGGUCAAUCAACACAUCGUCCCUUCUCAAUUGACCCAAGGCCUCGUCCUCGGCGCCACCGUCGAGAGCAUCGAAGAUAAAGGCGUCCUCUGCGACCUCGGAUUCGGCGCUCUCAAGGGCUUCAUCCCCGUCAACGGCACGGGUCUCGUCGUCGGGCAGCCUGUUUUGGUUCGUAUCGAGAAGAUUACCUCUCGCGUGCUCACCGUCUCGCCGUACGUGGAAACUGAAAUAUUGUCGCAAGCUGCCGUUGAGUCGCUUCACCUCAAUCAUCUGAUGCCCGGCACAAUCCUCGAAGUGAGCCCCGACCGCGAAUUGCUUAGUGGCAUGAUCGUGGAACUUGGAAACGGCGUCAAGGGCUUCCUGGGCUCCCGGAUGCUUCCACCCCGCCUGCGCAAUGACAGAUCGAAGUUUGUGAAGCCGAUUCGGGCCGUCGUCCUCGUGUGCCAGCAAAAUUCGAAUCUGUUGGUCCUCAGCGCCCAUCCGGACGUCGUGGCCGUCAGCAAGCCGGAGAAGAGGACCACUUUUGGGAAUCAUCGGAUUGGCGACACGGUCGUUUGCACGUCAUUGGGACAUCUCGAAAAGGGCGGCUGUCGAUUCGCGUUUCCGGCCGAAGGGGAUAAGCAGUGCCUCUUCGAUGCGUACGCAAGCGUCGAAAAGCUCGAGCCGGCCAAGGAUAUGAUGAAACACUACGCCCCGGGCUCGCAGCACCAAUGCCGUAUCAUUCGCUUCGACAUGCUGGAACGUUCCGUGCUGGUGGCGACCAGAAAAGAUAUCUUGAAGCAGGCGGCCGUUUCGCUUACCGACGCGCAACCCGGUGGCGUUGUCGAUGCUAAAGUUGAGCGUAUCUACUCGAACGGCAUCGCGGUGAAGGUCUUUGACAGCUUGCCGGGCUGGAUCACCACCGGCAUGGCCACCGAGCGCAACAUCCAACAACUCGAUCAGCUUUUCAAGAUUGAUCAAAAUAUCAAGUGCCGUAUCAUGGGCGUCGACCACAAAAAGCACCAGCUGUGGCUGACGUGUCGGAAGCAGCUCGUCGAAUACAAGGGCACGAUUGUUACCGAAUAUUCUGAUGACUAUGUUGGCAAGCUGACACUCGGGGUCGUCAAGCAGAUUACCGCAAAGGGCAACGUCAUCCUCCGAUUCUUCAACGGUGUCGGCGGCAUCAUCUUCAAGUCUGAAAUCGACACGCUCGGCCCGGAAGGGACAGUCCGUGAGAAUAUGGCGCUGGAGGUUCGGGUGACCGGGCUCAGCAACAAGAAACGAAGCCACCAUCAAACGCUGUUCCUCAGUCUGCCCGGCACGCCGCCCAAGCCCGAUAAAAAGGAAAUGGAUGCUAUGAAGAAAGAUGAGGCUAGAACAAAGAAGACCACCAAGAAGAGCGAUGAAACGAAGCGAGCUGAGGAAGGAAAGGCCAAGCCCGUGAAGGUGAAGGUGCUGGAGGUGUUCACAGGACGAGUGGUUCGUGUCGACCCGAAGAACCCGAAUGUCGUUGAAGUCUCCCUGCCCGGCCAUGUGAUUGGUCGCCUCCACGCCAGCGAGUUGCCGCGCAAAUACCUGGAGGUGGGCACGAAGCCGGCCGAGGUCUUUGUCUCCCAGAUGCGCGGCAAAAACGUCACCGUCAAGGUGGUCGGGUUGCAGAAGAAGAGGAACAAGCUGACCAAGGUGCGCUUGCCGGAGCUGACGAUGAAUGAGGAGAAGCUGGCCGAGACCCGAAAGAAGCUCCGUCUCUUCCAAGUGCCACAGUAUUACCAGCCCGGCGGAUUGGUGGCGCUUUUCGCGAGGGUGGGCAACGAAAAGGCAUCGGCCUUCCACUUUGAUUUGCACAUGGAUGCACAGGCGAUUGCCGUCCGGGAAUCGGUCCCAGACGAUCAAAUGGUUUGCCCGGAAGGUAGCACGCAGCUGAUCCCGAAGGUGCCGGAAGCCGGUGUGAUGAUGCACGGAUGGGUCACGAAAAGCGCGGGCAGCGAGCGGAAGAAGAACGGCAAGAAGAACAAUACGACGAUGGUCACGCUGCGCUACGAUGAUGAUAUCGUGGUCGGCAGCGAAGUGGCGGCUCGCGUCAUGGAGAUCUCGCCUUCACCGCUGCAGGUCUUGUUCAAGUUGCCGAAUGGGAAGACGGGUCGACUCGGGCCCACACAAGUCACCGCCAUCUAUACAAAGGCCCCCGAACAACUGAAGGCCAUGCAAAUCGGCGAGAUCUUCAAAAUGGUCGUUGCCCACAAGCCGGCAUGGUUAGAACGGCUCCAAAAGGUUGAGUUGGUCACCGAGCAACGUUGGAAUGGGCGCCACAAGGCAGCAAAGAAUCCCCUGAUCAUCUCCGCCACCGACUUGGAGGUGGGCGCUGAAGUGCGAGGGUUCGUCUCCAACCUGGGCCCGGAUCUUGUCGACGUCGGCUGCAGAGUGCGGGUUCGCGUCACUUCCGCCAAGGAAAAGCUGAAAAUGAACGAUCUGGUGCUGGUGAAGCUCGAAAAGGAGGAUGAGGAGGGCAGCUUCAGUGGUGCUGUCACCCGGAUCAUCCAAAGCUUUGGCGUCGACGAGUCUGCGCUCGAGGCCAAAGACACGCGCAAGAGGAAGAAUUCAAAUAAUGCCGACGAUGACGAGGAAAAGCCAUCGAAGAAGCUGAUGACGUCAAAGUUGCUGGACGCCGACUGGAACUUCAAGGAGAACCUGUUCAUCCCCGAAAAUCUGACCAAAGUCGCUGAACUGGAUGGCAGGAAAAUAAAGGGGGAGCCAGAGGAAGAUGAUGAUGAUGAGGAGGAGGGCGAGGACGAGCUAGAACUACCCACGCCGGGCCCGAUCGUUGAAAAAUCCAAGAGCGAGCAAGUGAUUGACGAGGAGAAGCGGUUAUUGCUCACUGAAGAGAUGGGCGCUGAUGAGAUUCCCGAUUCCGACGCGGAUUUCGAGGUGCUCGUGAAGCGACAGCCAAACUCGGCCCGUUCGUGGAUCAUCUACAUGGCGCGCUUCCUCAAGAAGGACGACCUCAUCGGGGCCCGAAAUGUGGCCGAACGGGCGCUGGAGGCGAUUGGCGACCGCGAGGACAACGAGCGUCUGGCCCUGUGGACAGCGUUUUUCAACAUGGAGGUCGCCUACGGCACCGACGAUUCGUGGCAGCAGCUGCUCACCCGGGCAAGCCGCAGCGUCGACGCCUUCAAGUUCCAAAAACAAGCGGCCGCGAUCCUGGUGAAGGGCGGCAAAGAUGAGGAGGCCGAGGAGCUCUUCAAAAAGAUGGUCAAGCGGUUCAGCAAGCAGCAAAGCGAGGUGUGGCUCCUCUACGCCGAAUUUCUGCUGGGCCGUGGCGAGGUAAAGCAGGCGAACAAGCUGAUGGAGCAGGCGAUGGGAUCCGUGUCGAAGGGGCUGGGCAAAAAGCUGAUGUCUCGCUACGCGGAGGUGCUGCGCGCGAAGGGCCAAGUGGAACAGGGCAACACGCUGCUGCAGACGAUGCGAGGCCCGAUUGCCGUCUCC